CCUCUGUCAGUUGACACAUACACACAAAUGCCAAACUGCACUUUUCACAGCUCCUGUGGAAGCAUCACACACUCCUCAGAGGACCUUUCUUCCCUUCUCUUAUCCACGUGACCUACUAUGAAGUUCUGAAAGUCUUUAAAUUCUCGAGUUCUCUCACGUCGUUGGAAAAAAUCAGAAACUAAUUAAGUGCAGAUGGAAGGGCUCUGACUUGCACCGGCCUCGGGGUAACAUUAUGGUUCUGGGCCAAGCUGUCAACAUGAGUUUGAUGGACAUUUCCAAGAUCUUCUCCCUGCUGCAGCCUAAGGAGUCGGAUGAAGACAACGAGCAGUGUCAGGCCCUGAACAACGCCGUGAGCAGCGACGACGUGCCUCUGCUCUCUGAGCUCCUCUCUCAGGAGUCCUACAGGAAGUCUAUCAAUGCUCGGAGUGGGUGGGGGGUCCCUGUCACCCCCCUGCGUACUGCUGCUGCUCUGGGACACCUGAGGUGCUUGGAGCUGCUGCUGGAGCACGGUGCAGAGAUCGACAGCCUGGACGUGAAGGCGCAGACGCCUCUGUUCACAGCUGUCAGCGGGAAACAUCUGGACUGUGUGGUGGCGCUGCUGAAGGCCGGGGCCGAUCCCAAUGGCAGCCAGUACAACAACUGCUCCCCGGCGCUGACUGCAGCCCGGGAGGGAGACUUAGACGUGCUCCGGGAGCUGCUGCGCUUUGGGGCCGAGGUGGACGUCAAGCCCAAAGUCCCUGAGUGGGCCUCCAAUGCCACAACCUGCAGGGGGCCCCUUUAUAUCUGCGCUGUUUACGGACACCUGGACUGCUUCAAACUGCUCCUUCUCCACGGGGCCAACCCCAACUACAAUUGCACGGAUGAGAAGAUGCUGGCCAGGAUAAAGCAGCCGAAGACGGUGCUGGAGGUGUGUCUGCGCUACGGCUGCGGGGGGGAGUACAUCCAGCUGCUCAUAGACUUUGGGGCCGACGUGUAUCUGCCCACGCUCAUCAUCGACAAGACCACGAAGCAGAAUGAGGCUCUGAAUCUGCUGCUCAGAGAGAGAGUUUGUCCCAAAACACUGAUGUCGCAGACUCGGAUAGAGAUACGAGGAUACCUUCCCUUUGGCAACAAGGAGCGUGCCAUUGACAGUUUGGACGUUCCUCUGAUCCUGAAGAACUACCUGAAGCACCUCACCUCUGAACUCCUAUGAUGCUCCACUUAGCGUCGAGAUAAAUGGCCAGUUUUUCUUUUACCUGAUGGUUUCAAAUUCACCACUGGAUGACUGAUUUCUAGCUUUUCUUACUUGUAGGACAUCAUACUCACAGAAGAUAUAUUGUCCCAGUUCUGUAAAUUCUUUGUUUUUAUUAUUUAAAUAUGAAUUUUUAAAGCUACGUAAGCUACAUUUUUGAUAUAUAGUUCUCUACAAAUCUCAUUGAAGUGAAGAAAAAGAUCAUGCCAAAGGGCUCCAUGUUGGAACCAUGUCCUUGGGAAGUGUAACACUGGGGUAGACCACUAGAGACCACAGUCAUACCGCUCAUAGCUCGCGGAGGCUUCUCAUUUGUUCCCAUACUGUACAGUCUCGCUUGAGUUAUUUAGACAUCAAGACACACAUACACACAGAGACAGUGUCUGCAUAGCAGCAGGACGUCUUACAUCUUGCCUGAAAAACACUCUCGCAUCUGCUGACUUCAAAACAUAAGGAAACGGAGCGAUCAGCACAGCCAACCGGGAGAAUAUGUUUGCACAAGUCAUUAUUAUUGAUGACAGCAUUUGCAGGCUUUUUUCUUUUGUGACUUGUGAGUAUUCUUCUGAUAAAGUUUUUAUCUUC